AUGCUUUCUUACGACGAGGUCGGAAAACACAACCAGAAAUCAGACUGCUGGGUCAUUGUCCAUGGAAAAGUCUAUGACGUCACUUCUUUUCUUGAUCAGCACCCAGGCGGAUCUGCCAUCAUCUUGAAAUACGCUGGUAAAGAUGCCACCAAGGCCUUUGACCCGAUCCAUCCGAGCGACACCUUGACCAAAUACUUGCCUCAAGAGUUCCACCUUGGACCGGUCGAUCCAAACACAAAACGGAAAAAGGCCAAAGGAUCUGCAAAUGCAAAAGAAUCUACUAGUAAAACAGAAUCGGUAAAAGCCAAUGUGCCUUUACCUGAAAACGGUUCUGUUGUUGAUGCGUAUGACGUGGAAUAUGAUGAGCAGGAAAAUAAGUUGCCAAUUCCAGUUUCAGCUGCAGCCGAAGAUGCAACUCCACAAGGCGAAUUUGAAAACGAUGAUGAUGACGACGACGACCCUCCAUCUGAAGAGGAAUUGCAGAGACGGAAGAUGGUUUCUUUGAAGCCUGACCUUGGCCAAAUCUACAACUUGCAUGACUUUGAGUUUGUGGCGCGUGAAACAAUGGAAAGAACAGCAUGGGCCUAUUACUCUUCUGGUGCAGACGACGAAAUUGCUUUACGGAAUAAUCAUUUGGCUUAUCAGAAGGUGUUCUUCAAGCCAAAAGUCCUUGUUGAUGUUUCGCUGAUUGACUUGUCCACGACAAUGUUGGGGACGGCCACCUCUGUCCCAUUUUACAUCACCGCUACUGCUUUAGGAAAGUUGGGCCAUCCAGACGGAGAAAAAGUUCUCACAAGAGCCGCUGCCAGGCAAGAUGUGAUUCAGAUGAUUCCUACCUUGGCCUCAUGCUCGUUUGAUGAGAUUGUGGACCAGGCAGACGGGAAGCAAACCCAGUGGUUCCAGCUCUAUGUCAAUUCAGACAGACAAGUGACUGAAGAUUUGGUGCGCCAUGCGGAGAAACGCGGAGUGAAGGGUCUCUUCAUCACUGUGGAUGCUCCACAAUUGGGCAGAAGAGAAAAGGACAUGAGACUGAAAAACGUCGAGGAUUUGAGUCACGUUCAGGGCGACGGAGAGGACGUGGACCGCAGUCAUGGUGCCGCACGGGCCAUUUCUUCCUUCAUCGACACAUCGCUCAACUGGGAUGAUCUCAAGUGGUUCCGCUCCAUUACCAAGAUGCCCAUUGUUCUCAAGGGUGUGCAGUCUGUGGAAGAUACAUUGAAAGCGAUAGACUUCGGAGUCGAUGGAGUUGUGCUCUCUAACCACGGUGGCCGGCAGCUUGACUCGGUGAAAGCGCCUAUUGAGAUUUUGGCUGAGCUUAACCCAAUCUUGAAGAAGCGUGGAUUGCUUGGAAAGUUGGAAAUCUUCAUUGACGGCGGUGUCAGAAGAGGAAGUGACGUGCUAAAGGCAAUUGCCCUUGGUGCAAAAGGUGUCGGAAUCGGCAGGCCGUUCUUGUACGCCAUGUCCACUUACGGCGAUGACGGCGUGUUCAAAGCUGUGCAAGUGUUGAAAGACGAGAUGGUGAUGAACAUGAGAUUACUCGGUGCCCCAUCCAUUGCCCACUUGGACGACUCCUAUGUGGACACUGCGGAUCUCCAUCGCCAGUUACCGGAAGACAAAUUGUUCUCUAAUGUUUACCAGCCUCUUGAAAACCCGGCAUUCAAGCUGAAAUUAUGA